CUCUCUCUCUCUCUCUCUCUCUCAAGAUGCAAUAUCCCAAUCUCUUCCCAACCAUCACUCUGUCCUUGGUGAUAACAACCUUGUUCUUAAUCCACUUCCCAUCGUCUUCGUACUCAGAUAAUGAGGAAUACCUAAACUGCAGUGCACCGUUUGAUUGUGGGGGCAUGGAGGACCUCAGUUAUCCUUUCUGGGGAUUAAAUAGGCCAAACUAUUGUGGACACCCAGCUUUUAAGUUAAACUGCAAUGAUGGUAUCCCACUAAUCAAAAUCACGAACCUGAAUUACCGAAUCCUUCAUGUCAAUAACACGUCGCAAACUCUCAUGGUUGUUAGAGGGGAUUACUGGAACACCGUUUGUCCUGCUACGAUCGUUAAUACAACCAUAGAUUUCACCGUCUUUGCUUAUAAUUCAGCUACUACCAACUUGACGCUCUACUAUGAUUGUCCUGCUUCUUCUUCUUCUUCAUAUCAGCCGGAUACAACUCUGUUUAAUUGCUCCAUAAACAGUACCGCUGUGACCAAUUACUAUUCUAACAGUACCGUUGCAAACUUAUUGGGGUCGUGCACCUACAACGUUAAAGUUCCAGUUCUGCAAUCAGCAGCUCAAACUGGGAGUAGUUUAACUGAAGCUGCACUGGUUCAAGCUAUCGAUGGUGGCUUCAUGUUGGAGUGGGAUGCAAAUGACAGUUUGUGUGAUAGUUGUCUAGGGACCGAUGGACAGUGUGGGUAUAACACAAGAACGAGCGAAUUCACGUGUUUUCGAUCAACAACAGGCAAGUCUAAGAGUAAUAUUGUACCCCUUGCACUAGGCAUUGCCAUAGGAGGUGUUGCCAUUUUUCUAGGUUGUUUGGUCUGUUCGAUCAGAUCGCGUGUCAAGGAAUCUCAAAGCAUUAACAUAGGACAAUUUUCAAGUAAUUCAAUGGUUUGGGGGAAAAAAGAUGCAAAGAAUGAUCACUUCAAUACUGAGGAAUUCAUAAAGAACUACGGAUCAAUAGCCCCAAAGCGAUAUACUUGUUCAGAUGUGAAGAAAUUGACCAACUCAUUCAAAGAAAAAGUAGGACAAGGAGGAUAUGGUGUUGUAUACAAAGGGAAGCUACCUGAUGGGCGUAUGGUGGCAGUGAAAAUCCUGAGCGCGUCCAAAGGUAAUGGAGAAGAAUUUAUGAACGAAGUGGCUAGCAUUAGUAGAACAUCCCAUGUUAAUAUAGUCACUCUUUUAGGUUUCUGCUACGAAGGGACUAAAAGAGCUCUAAUCUAUGAAUUCAUGCCAUAUGGAUCUCUUGAUAAGAUCAUAUAUCAUAAAGGACCCGCAAUUACAAAUUAUCACUUGGACAACAACACUAUCUUCCAAAUUGCGGUUGGCAUUUCUCGAGGACUAGAAUACUUGCACCGUGGAUGUAACACAAGGAUCCUACAUUUUGACAUAAAACCACACAAUAUACUUUUGGAUGAGGAUUUCCGCCCAAAAAUCUCUGAUUUUGGCCUUGCUAAACUAUGCAAAACAAAAGAGAGUAUUGUGUCAAUGACGGGCAUGAGAGGGACUGCAGGAUAUAUUGCACCAGAAGUCUUUAGUCGGUACUUUGGUGGGGUCUCCCACAAGUCUGAUGUCUACAGCUACGGAAUGUUGGUUUUGGAAAUGGUUGGAGCAAGAAAAGAAAUUGAUAGUGAACUCUCUCAAACCAGCAAAACAUGCUUUCCACAUGGGAUUUAUAACAAACUUGAACAAGGUGAGAGUUUUGUAACUCCAGGGGAUAUAACAGAGGAGGAAGAAGACACAAUAAAAAAGAUGGUAAUGGUGAGUUUAUGGUGCACUCAAACCAAUCCUUCAGAUCGGCCAUCAAUGGGUAAGGUGAUCGAGAUGUUAGAAGGUAGCCUUCAAUCCUUACAAUUUCCACCAAAGCCUGUCAUGCAUUCACCUGUGAGGUCGCCUCAAGAUUCUUCCACAAGUUCACAGUCACUGAAUCCAUCAUUUUAAAUGGUGACAAUUGUAUGAUAAGAUUCAAUAAUUUUAAAUAAAUAGGUUGUGAUGAGUAGUCUACUCAAAGAGUGGUGCAAAAGUAAUCUAUUUGGAAUGGAUGGAGUCAAGUUGAGGAAGGGCUAGAUUUUGAGCAGCACUAAUUGGUCUCUGCAUAAUCUUGUUUACAUGAGUCGGUUCCUCUCUGUGUAUUGGAAGCAUUCUCAUUUCCUUUCUCCUCUGAAACUGUAAUACUUCCUCUGAGUGAUCUUAAACCUCCUUAAUCCCCUUUGUGUUUUGGUCAUGUACUUGCCCACGAAGAAAAAAACAACUUGGUCAACACAUGGAUGGGUAUUGAGUUCUUCAUAAUUUUUCCUACU